AUUGUGCACAUUUCGGGGCACAUAGAGGAGAUCUUUUUGUUUUUUCAGUCUUAGGUUUUUGCUGUUUUUAUCAGGGAACAGAUUACCAGAUACUGCUGGCGGACGUAUGGAGAAGGAAUGGGUAUGCAGGGGAAGAAGAAGCACAGAAUGACAUGCCAAAACAGAGGAGCAAAACAAGUGCGAGCAGUCCAAACUCCAAAAUGAACGAAGAAAUUCUCCCCACCAGCGGCGGUGGCGGCGGCAGGCGAUGAUCCAUGGCCGCUGUGGACGAACAAGGAUCGUCGAGGCUUACAAUCAUUUGGCCACGUGCCGAAAUCCUAAUUGGGCGCUAAAGCUGUCCUCCACAUCGCCUUCGCCUCCUAUUCUUGGUCAGCCGCUUCAAGCCCCCGAAUUCCCCCCCGUCAGAAACAACGACGACGAACCCUAGCUGCAUCCAUCGACAGCGGAAUCCCUCCGCCGUUUCGGCUCCGGCGCGUCUGUAACCCGCAGCCGAUCUCACCAGGAGCAGCGCGCCGAACCGAGCCUCCGGAUUCUCGAUCUAAUCGGCGCAUGCGGUGGUGAUGGGUCGCCGCCACGUUGGCUUUGCCCUCUGCGUCGUCGUCAGGAGGUGAAGAAGGAAGAUCGAGGAGGGAAUGGAGGAGAACAGUCUCCUGCAUUUUCUUGAUGACACCCCGAGCUCACAUUAUAGGAAGACAUGCGACGGAUAUGCAUCCCAAAAUGAUGGCGAUGACCACUCCGAUUCAUCAGAUACAGAUCCAGCUAAUGCAAGGGAAAGAUUGGAACAUCUUCUAAACCAACCUGCCAACAAGUUCUGUGCAGACUGUGGCACCCCUGAUCCAAAAUGGGCGGCCUUGCCUUUUGGUGCAUUCAUUUGUAUCAAGUGCUCAGGAACUCACAGAAGUCUUGGAGUACACAUAUCAAAGGUGAUUUCGGUGAAUCUAGACGAAUGGACGGAUGAAGAAGUCAAUUGUUUAGCUAAUUCAGGUGGGAAUGCUACUGUGAACACUAGAUAUGAGGCCUUUUUGCCGGAAAACUACAAAAAGGCGAGACAAGAUUUCGCGACAGAGGAGCGUGCUAGUUUCAUUAGGAAAAAAUAUGAGCUUCAACAAUUUGUGACCGAUCCACAAUUUUCGUGCCCUUUACGCAAACCUGGAGCAGAUAAACACCAUAAUCAGCAACACGCUGGCAGUCGACAUGGUACUUUCAGAAAUAGCUGGAGGAAAAAGGACCCUGAUCACAAAAUAGUAAAAAAGAUGAUGGAUGUGGCCAUGGUAGAAUUUGUCGGAUUAAUUAAGGUCGACAUCAUAAGGGGCACAAAUUUAGCUGUCCGCGAUGUGAUGUCAAGUGAUCCAUAUGUUAUGAUUAUCCUAGGACACCAGUCAAUGAAAACAAAGGUUAUAAAGAGCACCCUGAACCCUAUAUGGAAUGAAAGACUAAUGCUAUCGAUCCCCCACCCGGUGCCACCUCUUAAACUGCAAGUCUUCGACAAGGACACGUUCAGCUCAGAUGACCGAAUGGGGGAGGCCGAAGUUGACAUCCAGCCACUGAUCUCUGCAGCAAGAGAAUACCAGAACUCGAUCAUCACUGAAUCAGCACAGAUCUGCACAUUCUUGGCUAGCGAGAACAGCAUUCUCGCCAAGGACAGUGUCAUCUCGAUCGUUGAUGGUAAGGUGGAACAGGAGAUCGUGUUGAGGCUUCAGAACGUCGAGCAUGGGGAGCUUGAGAUCAAGCUUGAGUGCGUGCCCCUCAGCCAGUAGCUGCGCUUUUCGCUGAGAUGAAAUGCUCGUGGUUGCGAUCGAUACUGAGAUUGCUUUGCACUACUAGAACUUUUGCUUGUUGUGCUUACUCAAUCCAUGCAUGUAAUUGUCAUGUUGAGGGAUUUCAUGUAUGUGAUAUGUUGUAUAGAUAGGAAAUGAAAAGUUAAAAAUCAUCUAUGCAACUCUAUGUUAGGCUUCAUUAAUGUUAUUUGGGGACUGGUUCUUGUCAGGUCAUAUUAUUUCAGUUGAUUUCCAACCAGGA